UAUUGGCUGUCCGAUCGCUAUAUCGUUAGCCAGUAUACGCGGCCGUGACAAUCAAAAGACGCGGAAAGAACCGCGCAAUGACGAUUAGUCAAACUGCAUUCCACGUUGGCGUCGGUUGAUACUCAGUUUGUGUACGCUCUUGAAAAUCUCUGAAUUUUGUCGCGAAUUUUGUUACGUGCCGAACAAUAUGAAAGACACAAUGGAUGAGAAUCAAGAGACCGACGUGUCCGCACUGUGUCUCGACGUGUCAAGAGUGAAAUCGUUGGCCGGAGAACCGCGGAAGUCUGAGUGUAACAAUGCACAUGAUGCCGACUCUGGUGGAUGGACUCCAUUGCUGGUACUGGGUGGUGCCACUUGCUGCCUGGGAUCAACAUUACCAGCAGGAUAUAACUUAGGUGUCAUGAACAAUCCUGCCCAUCUAAUGCAAUCGUUCUGCAAUGACAGUAUCAGAGAAAGUUGGCUGAGCGACAGAUUCGGACGGAAAGGCGCGCUGAGCAUUGGAAAUGUUUGCGGGAUUGUAGGAGCCGUUCUGUUCAUGUUCGUACGAACCAUGAACUCAGUCGAGCUUUUUCUGCUUGGCCGAGUGAUUGUCGGACUUUCCGGCGGUCUAGCUACUUCUUUGGUCCCGAUGUACAUGACUGAAAUAGCACCUUUAAAAUUGAGAGGGGCCGUCGGGGUCUUGUGUCAAUUGGGUAUCACCUGCGGUGUGCUGAUGGGCCAAAUUGCUGGGCUCGAAACUGUCCUGGGUACUCCUGAGUCCUGGCAUAUAAUGUUAGCAUCUUUCUCACCGCUAUGCCUUGCUGCCUUAUUAUUAACUGUACUGACUUUGCCAGAAAGUCCAAAAUAUUUGUACAUAAUCAGAGGAGAACAAGGAAAGGCUCUUAAAGAGCUUAGCCGUUUGCGCAAAAUGGACAUAAUGCUCUUGCAAAACGAGAUCACUAGCUUGCAACAAGAAUUAGCAACAAGAUCGGCGAGUGAAACAUGGAGCAUUAAGCGCGUGUUGAGAGAGCCGACCGUGAGAUUAGCUCUAUUUUUAGUGUGCCUCCUACAAUUUGGUCAGCAACUUAGUGGCAUUAAUGCGGUUUUUUAUUACUCAAACACCAUAUUUCUUAGUGCUGGCUUGGGAAUUGCUGGUGCUCAAUAUGCGACUAUAGCCACUGGUGUUGCAAAUAUGGGAAUGGCGAUGAUUUCUGUGCUGGUAAUGUCACUAUUUAGCAGAAGAAAAGUAUUGUUCUUGAGUUGUUACUUAUGCAUAGGAUGCCUUCUCUUUUUGAAACUCUCUAUCGCACUAAUUCACAAAGCCUCAUUCAUGUCAUGGCUUUCCAUCGUUUUGGUACUGGCGUACGUUAUAUCUUACGGUAUCGGUCUCGGUCCUAUACCGUAUUUCAUCGGUUCCGAAUUGUUCGAUGUAGGUCCUAGGCCUUCCGCUAUGUCGUUAGGCAGCAUGUUUAAUUGGGGAGGCAACUUCCUCGUCGGGAUGAUGUUUCCUUCGUUACAAGCUGCGAUCGGCCCGUACGUCUUUCUGAUCUUCGUUGGCUGCAUACAGAUCUUGGUGAUAAUCAAUCAGACCUACUUACCUGAAACGCGAGGUCGAAACACGACCGAAAUAGCGGCAACUAUGACUCAAGGCUUCAAAUCAAAAACCGAAUGCAACACUCGCUGCGUAAACUAACUGCUUGCAAUUCGGAUAAAUACUUUUUAUACGGUUUUUUAAUGAAAUCAACAAAUCAUUACCGCCACACAUUGCUCAUACACGAAUGACAUUUCGCGUGUUGUGCUGAUAUCUGAUUCAUGUAAUAGCACAUCGAUGUAAAAAAAGGUUCUUCCUGGUGCAAGAUUAAUUUAUUCGAGCGAAAAAAUUCAGGAGCAUUAUGUGAGCGAAUUUUAUAUACUAUUAAUUAUUUGUAUAUAUUUUAUCUCGUAAAUAUUCAAAAUAGUAUAGAAUGAUGUUGUAAGAAAAAGAUAAUUAGAGCGAUAAUGUACACGCGGCUAAGAUUUUUUUACAUUU